AUGCCACACUUGUUUUUUUCCUGCUAGCCAUGAGCAGGCAGUGCUUGGAGCCAGGCGCUGCUGCCUGCCACGGGGCCUACACACCCUCAUCCCGCAGGCAGAGCAGUGGGUGGGGGUCUGCCGGGGGCGUCCGAUCCCGGCUUCUGCCUCCCCUCCUGCUUCGAACCUGCCCCGUCCCCCCCGUCCCCGUCCCCGUCCCCCCCCAAGGGGCCACCGUGCCUAGCACCCGGAACCAGUGACUCUGUGACAUCAGCCCUGUUGCUGAGGGCACCGCGGGCAACGUGAGUGCUGCGGGCACUGUGUCGGCUGCUGCGCCACUGGCAACGAGCCCUCGGUUCCUACAGCCCGCACGUGCUGCUGGUAGCGAUGCGCUUGCUCCCCCUCCUCGUCCUGCUGGCCGUGUGCUGGCCUGCGCGUGGCACAUGGGACAACUGUGGAGGGACCUGCGGGCUCCGGCCCAUGGCUUCUUACUACGGCAUGUCGCGUGUCGUGGGUGGCACAAGCUCCCACCCAGGGGCCUGGCCCUGGAUCGUCAGCAUCCAGAAUCCCUGGCUAGCAGGUGUGGGGCAUAUAUGCGGAGGGUCCCUCAUCAGCCCACAGUGGGUUCUCACAGCAGCCCACUGCUUCGUCGAGGCCAGGGACAUCAGGACGUGGCGUGUGGUGGUCGGGACCACCUACUUGACUCAGCUGGGCCCUGAGUCCCAAGUGCGCGGUAUUAGGCGGCUGGUGGCUCACCAACGCUAUAGUAGUAUCUCGCAGAGGAACGACAUUGCGUUGCUGGAAUUGGACCAGCCUGUACAGUGUGGCUACUAUGUACAGCUUGCCUGUGUGCCCAACGCCUGGCUGAAAGUGUCAGAGCUGACAGACUGCUACGUCAGUGGCUGGGGUUCCACACAUGCAAAAUCUGGAGGAUCAACUGCUGUCCUGCAGGAAGCCAGGGUCCCCCUCAUCGAUGUCAACCUCUGUAACAGCAGCCAGUGGUACAGAGGAGCCGUCCACACCCACAACCUGUGUGCUGGCUACCCGCAGGGCGGCAUUGACACCUGCCAGGGUGACAGCGGUGGUCCUCUCGUCUGCAAAGAUAAAAAUGCUGACUACUUCUGGCUUGUUGGAGUGACCAGCUGGGGGAAAGGCUGUGCGAGAGCAAAACGGCCUGGAAUCUACACCUCCACUCAGCACUUCUACGACUGGAUCCUGACACAGAUGGGAUUUCGCUCAGCAGCAAGGGCUUCUCCAACAUCAGGGGCAUGGAGUCAUUUUCUCACUGCCUCAACCCCUUAUCAGAGGCCAACACCAACACAAUCGGGCAAGUUUAGCUCCUGCCCCUUUCCCCUUGGGAAGCUGGUGGAAUUCUUUUCUCGGGCGCAGGAGCUCCUGCUGUUCCUAAAGGAAAAAAAGGCUUGAGCAACAGGAUGAAGAGGAUCCAGUGCAGGCUUGCAGCGUACCACGACCAUUUCUUUCUGGGGCACUGCCUGCUGAGCCAAAGGCAGCCUCAGUGUCAAAGGCCUGCUCCGUCCUGCCCACGCUCCUCCGAGCACACACCAGUGCUGAAGUUGACACAGUUCUUGAAAUAAACUCACCAGUUUUCACAGCUAACCAUACUUCAGGCCAAUUCAGUCUCCAGUGCAAGGCAGGGACUUCCAUGCCUGGCACCUGCACAAUGCGGCUGCGGGCAGACAAGUGGGGCACAAAGGGAAAGAGCCACAAAAGGGGCCAAAACUCUGCCUGGUCAGAGAGGAUGAUGCUUAGAGUCACCAUGGGAUGGAGGAGACUGGCAUAUCAUGGCUAGAAAGAAAAGAGGAAAAAUUGACGUGACAUGCAGAAACUUUCGGGUAUGCAUUAAGGCACACAAGCUGAUGAUCUGGGCCUGGCAUAAACCAUAGCUAACUGAACAUAUCACGGGAUAAUUCUGAGCAUAACAAGAGAAAUUACCGACAUAA